AUGCCGACGCAUGGUCAGAUGAUGGUGAAUGUAAUUUCUAAGGAUAAAAGUAAAAUCGGGGUGACGGAUGUAGAUCAGUUGAGGACCCCAAUGUCUGUGGUCAAGAGACAUUUGUUAAAGAAUGGAGUUUUUCCUGGUUGUGAUAAUUAUUGUGCUGCUUGUACUGUAACUGCAAAUGGGUGUGUAAUCUUGAGGGAGACGGUUCAGAAAAUGAUGGAUGAGGGAAGUCUCCGAUUUGAGAAAGUUGCUUUGGAGAAUGAGGAUAUUUCAACGAUAACCAUUUAUUUCGAUCCUGUCCACUUGUCAGUGCCGGCAAAUGUGGCUCCAAUUACCAUCACGGUACCUGGACCUAUUCCGUAUGAAAGUGAUGGUGUUGUGCCAUGGGACUAUGGUGGUGAUGUGCAUUGCAAUGGGAAAAAGAAGGAAGAUCAGGCUGCAGUUGAUACCACCGUUUCAAGGGUGAACAAUGUCGGGCGUAGUAGUUUCACUCGUAGCGGGAGGUUGUUUGCACCUAACACGUUGAGAGGUGGUGAUGUAGAAAAAGAACAGAGGGAUAAGGCCGAGGCUUUAUCCAGGGCAAAAGGAAAGCAGGUGGUGAAUGAGGAUACUCCUAGAGCGGCACAGGCGCCUGUAGAGCCGGAAAGUGAGUUUGACGCUGAAGCCGAGGAGUUUUUGAGAAUUAUUAAGAGGGCCUACGUCCCGCAGGAGAUUACAGUCAAUCAGUUAGAGACAGUGGUAUCGAGUGUUAAUGCCAGCCAUGGGUUAGGUUUCACUGAUCUCGAUCUUACUAUGGACGGGCGCAAUCACAAUAAGGCACUACACCUUUCGAUGGAGUGUAAAGGAGAUGUGCUUUCGCAUGUUUUGAUUGAUACGGGCUCGUCACUCAAUGUGUUGCCUAAGAAGGCCUUGGCUAAAUUGGACUGCAAGGGAUUGAUUUUGAGGCCUACUGAUAUGGUGGUUAGAGCGUUUGAUGGCUCUAAAAGGUUUGUGUUCGGGGAAGUUGAGCUCCCCGUAAAGAUUGGUCCUGAGGUGUUCAAAUCUGUGUUUUGUGUCAUGGACGUUCAGCCGGCGUACAACUGUUUGUUGGGCCGUCCAUGGAUACAUGCUACUGGGGCAGUAACAUCGACUCUAUAUCAGAAGUUAAAGUAUAUCUUGGAUGGGCAAGUCGUGACAGUUUGCGGUGAGGAGGAUAUUUUUGUCAGCCAGUUGUCAUCAUUUAAGUAUGUGGAAAUGGACGGUGAAAUAUUCGAAACACCAAGGCAGGCGUUUGAAACCGUCAAGGUGGAGAAUGCCGUUUUCACCGAAAGAGAGAAGAAGCCGUUCAUUGCUUCUUAUAAACAGGCUGUGGAGGUGGUGAAAAGUGGAGAGGCCCCAGGUUGGGGAAGAGUGAUAGAUGUUGCGGUGAAGGAGGAUAAGUUUGGGAUUGGUUAUCAGUCAGGCCAAGGCUCGUCUGGACCAAAUAAAGGUCGUCGCCAACCAUUCACAUUCACUAGUGCUGGAAUGCUAGAUCCAGGCCGUAUCUGUGCUGUGGGCAAAGAGACUGACAGUUAUAGAAUUGAAGAUCUUGCUGUGUAG